UUUCCAUAGAAGUGUAUGUUUUCGUUUUAGUUGCAAGUACGUGUGAGAUGGGGAAGAGUGGCGGUGGUGGUUGGCUCCCCGCCGAUGGAUCUGAUGUUUUCAUUGUUCCCAUGGUUCUCCCUAUAAUACCUUGUGUGACCCACAUGGCUUUUGAUAUAAGACUCACAUCAUUUGCUCGCUUCAUGGAAACUCUUGGCCUGAAACAAACACUGAAAUGAAGAUCGUCUUCUUCAAUUUUUUCUUCUUUUCCUGCCUCCUCCACCCUUGUAUCUGUGACGAUACGAUCAUGAGAACACAGUCCAUGAGAGAUGGUGAUCUCAUAUUCUCAGAAGGGAAGACAUUUGCAUUUGGAUUCUUCAGCCUUGGAGUUUCAAAGCUCCGGUACGUAGGGAUUUGGUAUGCUCAAAUCUCUGAGCAGACUGUUGUAUGGGUUGCAAACAGAGACCAUCCUAUGAACCACACGUCUGGGGUGAUAAGGUUCAGCAGCAGAGGGAAUCUCUGCAUCUAUGCAUCAGUCAACACAAGAAAACCUCUCUGGUCGACUAAUGUUUCGGACAGUAUAGUGGAACCAACUCUAGUUGCGAGACUCUCUGCUCUAGGGAACCUUGUUCUGCUUGAUUCAGUUACAAAGAAAGGUUUCUGGGAGAGCUUUGAUCAUCCGACAGACUCUUCUCUUCAAUUUAUGAGGUUGGGUUUCACACGAAAAGACGGUUUGGAUCGCGUUUUGACGUCUUGGAAAUCUCCUGGUGAUCCUGCUUCUGGAACUUUCACACUCCGGAUAAAUCGUACGGGAUUUCCGCAGCUGAUUCUGUACAAAGGUCUGAUCCCAUGGUGGCGUACGGGAUCGUGGACCGGGUUGAGAUGGAGCGGUGCUGUCUUCCAAAUCUUGUUUGUUAAUAAUCAGGACGAAGUAUCGAUGACUAACCGUGUGAUGGAUGCUUCAGUCAUAACAAGAAUGAUGGUGAACGAGACAGGAUACAUGCAACGUCUCACAUGGAGCGCAGGGGAGAAGAGAUGGAAUCUGUUCUGGUCAAUUCCUAAAGAGGAAUGCGACUAUUAUGCACACUGUGGCCUUAACGGUUACUGCCAUCCUGCAAGUUCAGAAGCGUGCACAUGCUUACCUGGUUUUGAGCCAAAGAUGCCCCGGGAUUGGUUAUUGAGGGACUACACGGGCGGGUGUUCGAGGAACAACAAAACUUCACUGUGCCGUGAGAAAGAAGGGUUUGUGAAGUUAACGCACACGAAGAUUCCCGACACAUCAAUUGCAAGUGUGGAUUUGAACAUAACAUUGAAGGAGUGUGAACAGAGGUGUUUACUGAACUGCUCUUGCGUCGCUUACGCUAGCGCUUACCACGAGGGUGUGGGAGGAGAAAAAGGGUGCUUGACAUGGCACGGUGAUAUGUUGGAUACAAGGUCAUUCUUGGAUUCUGGACAAGAUCUCUACAUACGUGUAGACAGGGAAGAGUUAGAGCGGUGGAACAAAACUGGCUCGUUAGGAAAGAGGAGAGUCAUUUUCAUUGUCAUCAGUUUGACUGCAGCCUUAAUGUUACUAGCCGUCAUUUCGUUGUGUUUCGUAAGGAAGAGGCGAAAGUCGAACAGGCAUAGAAGAUUUCCAACAACCUUACCUCCAGGUUCUUUCAAUAUUAGUGAUACACUCAGAUUCGAGGAGGAUCAGGGAAGAGAAUGGGAGUUACCUCUCUUUGAGCUUAACACCAUCGCUACAGCUACGAACAAUUUCGCUUUCCGUAACAAGCUUGGAGAAGGUGGUUUCGGACCCGUUUAUAAGGGCGUGUUAGAAAACGGUAUGGAGAUAGCAGUGAAGAGGUUGUCAAAAAACUCAUGCCAAGGAAUGGAAGAGUUCAAGAACGAGGUCAAGUUGAUAUCAAAGUUGCAGCAUCGGAAUCUCGUGAGGAUGUUAGGAUGUUGCGUAGAAUCAGAAGAGAAGAUGUUGGUAUACGAGUAUUUACCAAACAAGAGCCUAGACUAUUUCAUAUUCGAUGAAGAGCAGAGAGCAGAGUUGGCUUGGCCAAAACGGAUGGAGAUAAUAUGUGGGAUUGCUCGCGGAAUCUUGUAUCUUCAUCAAGAUUCAAGACUGAGGAUCAUCCACAGAGACCUCAAGGCCGGCAACGUACUCCUUGACAACGAAAUGAUCCCCAAGAUUGCUGACUUUGGCAUGGCGAGAAUCUUUGGGGGAGACCAAAUCAGAGGAAGCACAAAUCGGGUCGUCGGAACAUAAUAUGGGAUCUAUGGAACAAAGGUGAAGCAACAGCGGUCAUAGACAAACUAAUGAAUCAAGAUAUUUAUGAUGAGAGCGAAGUGAUGAAGUGCGUACACAUUGGGCUGCUUUGCGUACAAGAAAAUGCUUCGGAUAGACCAGACAUGCCCUCUGUUGUGUCCAUGUUUGGUCAUAACGCCAAUGACUUUCCUCCUCCGAAGCAUCCUGCGUUUACGUCGGGAAGGAAGAAGACACACGUCAAAAAUGACGACCUCAGUGAAGAAAACAGCACUUCUGUUAAUGACGUUACUCUCACUUCUGUUCAUGGCCGUUGAAGUACUUUAAAUUGUUGAGAGAUCUAUCUUAUUUUGAUAAACUACUUCCAUAGAAGUGUAUGUUUUAGUUUUAAUUGCAACUAUGUUUGAGACGUUGAUUAACUAUGAAAUAAGGAGGGAGUAGGAGAAGAAAUGGGGAAGAGUGGCGGUGGUGGUUGGCUCCCCGCCGAUGGAUCUGAUGUUCCCAUGGUUUCUCCUCAUAUUACCUUGUAAGACUUAUGAUCAUACCCUUUCUUGAUUAUGCUUAUUGGCUGAUGAA